AUGACGGCUUUAAACGGCAAGGAAAGAGACUUUCCGUUAGCUUUUAGCAUUAACAUUUACAAGCAUGUUGAACAAUUUGAGAGACUCCUUAGGGCGAUAUAUCGUCCCCAAAACCUUUACUGCAUUCACAUCGAUAAAAAAUCACCUGAUAUAUUUUACCGUGCUGUUGAAGCAAUCGCCGCUUGCUUCCCAAAUAUUUUCUUAGCCUCAGAACGAAUAAACAUGAUAUGGGGAGAUUACACAAUCCUAGAAAGCAUUCUUCUUUGCUCAAGAGAUCUUCUCAGUCAUGAAAAACCAUGGAAAUACGUAAUAAAUCUCACAGGACAAGAGUUUCCCCUUCGUACCAACAAUGAAAUUGUGGAUAUACUCCACAAAAUGAAUGGAUUUAGCGCUGUGCCUGGAGGGCUGGCCAUCGAUAGAAACACCAGAGAUCGUUUUCUCUAUGUUCAUCGCGGACUAAAGCGGACAAAGACGUUAAAGAAGAAAUUUUAUGGAAAUUUUACGUUUUACAAAGGUUCAGUGUAUGCUGUACUCUCAAGAAUGUUUGUAAACUAUACUCUUUAUGAUAAACUGGCCUUAGAUUUUUUGGAAUGGCUUAAAGACACUGCCCAUCCAGAAGAAACCUUUCAUCAAACGUUGUACCGAAAUACAAAACUUGAAGGAAACAGAAACGGCAAGUAG